CUUUUGUUUUCACACGGAGCGAAAAAGCAGUCGGACUCGGCGUGGAAAGGACUCGUAAACAAAACAUCAGUCGAGUAGCUCGAUAUUUACCACAACCAAAGACGAAAAUUAUUACUCUAUGGUUUGAUACACCGAAGAUGUUUAAGUUUUUCGGAUUCAAGAAUGAUGGAGCCAGAAAAUCUUCUGAGAAAGAAACUGAUGGAUUUGUCAUCAUUGGUGAAACUGUUGAGGAGCAGCGACAGAAGGUUCAGUCCAUGAACGCCGAGCAGCCGGCAACAAAUGUAAUAGUACAGCCAUCUAAGCCAUCCAGUGCCGGGAAGAGAGGAAUUACAGAGACGACUCAGCCUUCCUCCCAACCCACGUCUGCCAAGAUGUCCUCAGAAACACACGCUGUAGACGCCACCCCGGCCCUCCCUGAGCUUCUAGGAGACAUACCUUUCACUUUAGCACCACACAUCCUGGCCAUGCAGGCGGGCCUACCCUUUGUCACAGAUAUCACCUUGCCUCACAACAUCAAUGACAAACUAGCCAACUUUCGUUAUGACUUCACCUUGGAGAACUCUGUGCUUUGUGAGCCGUGACUCUUUGCCCCUCAGUUAUAUCACUAACACGUGGUGAACUAUGAGCCUUUUCUUUCUCGAGAUUCUCUAACCGUUUGCCUCUUAAAUAAAUGAAGAUCUAGUUUAGCUGACGAAAAUCAGUCACUAACUAAAUGGUGUCAGGCUCAAAUGAACAUAUUGUCCUUUUAGUUUAAAUAGGUUAGCAUCAAGAUGGUUUACAUUCUCUCAGGAUCUUGCACUUAGAUUGUGUGAGAUGAGUGUUACUGCCUUGUUUUAACGCAGUAGAGGAGUAUUUAUAAGAUGACCUGGGGCUUUACGUUUUUCAAAUGUAGUAAAAAAACAAAUUACGGGUGUAAAAUCGGUGCAAUUUUGCAUUUUGACUCUGUGGGUUCCUGAAAUAGGGUUGUUUGGGAACUGCUAGUAGUUGCAUUGGGCUCUUUGACGUUUCAGACGUCACAGUCUGUGUUGGCCUUCCUCAGUUUUUACUUACUUCUGCAGAAACUCGCUGUAAUUUAUGGAAUCAGUUUUAAGACAUUUGCUUGCCAUGAUACACAUUAGUAUCAAAUCAUUUUCCUAUCUCGCAAUGAACUUUUAAACAUAUCUAAGAUAAAUUACUCCGUAAUAGAAGUAUUUAAUUAAUAUACAAAUUAUAUUUUAAAAUUGCAAUCAUAAGGGCCUUUUGGCUAGCCCACUGUUUACUGUAAGUCUGUAUUUAGUACCUAUAAACCUUAAAAGCGAAGCAGAAACACUGUCAAUCAGUCAAACAGAUAGUCCCUCUUAUACAGUUGCUAUUGGUUGAGUCAGUGUUGCUGUGGUGGGGAUGCUCAACAGAACAAUGUCGUAAUAUUGAUGUAGUGUUUGCACUUUUCAGGGGAAUCAGUCUAGAUCAGGGCUGUCAGACUCCGUUUUGUUCCAGCGCUGCUCCAACACACAUACCAUGUAGUUUUCGAAUAAGCCUGAAGGACUUCAGGGUUGAAUCUGAAGUCUGCAGGGCUUCAACCCUCCAGGUAUUGAGUUUGACACCCCUGCUCUAUAGUAUAGCUCGCUUGUAGUUGUCUCUGCAUAUUAAGCUGGGAUGAGAAGUAUUUUUACAUGCAUCAUUUUAAGUUACUUAUGAAAGGAUUGCACUUAAAAUCACCAGACAGACAGUGCAGUGCUCAUUAUAAAUAGGACAAUAUUAUAUAUUUGUUUUUAAAAGUGUGCUUCUUUUCUUUUGUUGGUGUGAAUAUGCAUAGCUCAACUGCUGUUUGGUUUUAAUGCCUGAACAUAACACACCACAGGGAGGCAGAUAUGUAUUCUGAACAAUUGCAAAAGCAUGCACAUUUGUUUUAGUAGGAUUUACUGUUCUGUUUGAACAGGGCUCAUGGUUGUUGAGCUUUUUUUCAUUUUUUUUUUCAUCUGAAUUUCAGUUAAUGGCUUUAUCAUAGUGCAUGCUGCUAUUUAAACAAUGCACUUAGGAGUUUAGCUGUGUCACCUUUACACCCUUUGUACUUUACUUGAUAGCAGAUAAGUUUAUUAACUUGAUACCACUCAAAUCUCUUUUAUUAGUCUUUGUUUUGAUUUGUCUGUCUUUCCGACAUGGUUAUUUCCUCUAAUCUUCCCCCUGAUGUAUCUGAUUCAUUUACCUAUACUUUUCAAAACACUGUACUGAAGUAGUCAACGUUUGCAUUGUGCUGUGUUUGCUCAAUAAAAAUGUCUGAGAAAUAA